AUGUCUAAUGAUGAGGAAAAGUAUGUGAUUGGUGGAUAUUCGUUCAAUACGGUCAAAAUUAUGGGCAGGAUUGUGAGUGUGUUUACUGAUUCAAAUCAAUGUACUACCUACGAAAUUUGUGAUGGAAUGGCUGAUGAUCCACGCGUAGCUAAACGAUUUACUGUUAUUCGUUAUGGAGGAACUGAUUUGCAACCAAAUAUGGAGCAAGUCUUUUCUGAGGGUCAAACAGUUCAGGCUGUUGGAAAACUUCGUCUGUUCAAUAACCGCCUCAGUCUUGUCAGUUUUCACAUUCGGGAUGUUUCAAUGGAAGAAGUUGAAAUUUAUAAAAUGGAGUGUAAACUUGCUAAAUAUUACUUUUCUAAGGUUUGAGACAAUUUUUUGAGGGGAGAAAAUUUUUUUUUGAAG